CGAUCUAGCAAAUAUCCUUUAUUCCUAUAUAUUUUCUACCGAAUAAUACAGAUAAUCCGCAGGAGAGUAUCCCCCACCGGAAUGGCUUUCUCUCAAUCAUCGCGAGAUCUGCGCCUCGACAAGCCCGACUGCACUCUCCACGCCACAUGUCGCACCCCAGCUAAAACGGAGCAGAAAUCCCGACUAGACCUGGACACGAUCCUCGGGAAUAGCAAUGGCCGUUUCGAAGUAGGAUCUUCCAACUUCUCCAAGUCCGCUACGGAGAUUCGCCUUGAGGGCACGAUUCUGUCCGCUCGGCUGCGAGAUAAAGACGGUGUGGAAAGGGAAGAUACGAUCAAUCUAGACGCCGUGUUGGAGAAUGUAAAUGGCAAGUUGACCUUUCUCGAACCGAAGAAAAGGAUUGAGAGAAAUUUACUUAUACCAUUGCGUCCUCGACAACAACAGCAGCGGCGGCGGCGGCCUAAUCUUGAGCCGCCAUCCUGUAACAUAUGUCAAGAUUGGCCUGAUCCUCAACAACAAGAUGUAUUUCUCCUACCGGGACGGCUUCUCAAAGGAAAACCAGGGUGUAUGAGUUGCGAUUUGCUCGCGCAAGUAUUCAAGCACUGCAAACCGGACCGAGGAAAAGUCCAGAGAGCAUCGUGCGCGGCGGAAAAGCCGACCAGCGAUCGGGACUUACACCGUGUUCAUCUCGAGUAUCAAGUAGAAGGAGGCGGCGAAACGAUAAAGAAGACAUGCAUUUUACAUAGGCCUCCGAACGCAAGCGACUUGUCCGGCGUAUUUGCUGAGCUACGUAAGAAAUAUCUUCCCGGAAAAUUCGCAUCCCCUGGCAGUGUUAAGCAAGCCCGCGCUUGGCUGGAAGCUUGCGUUGAGAAACACGAGAAAUGUGAGAGCUUCAGACGGAGCCCGUUACCAGCCCGCGUCCUAGACGUUGGGAGUAACGAUUCGGAUCCUGUUAGGUUGCUGUGUGUGACAGACAACAGGGAAGAUACGUAUGCCUGUCUCUCACAUUGCUGGGGGAAGCCGAAGGAGGGCGAGAAUCCUCUUACUUUGACGGUCAAGAAGGAGGAAGAUUUGAAGCAGAGAAUACCGUUAGAUGAUCUACCUAAGAAUUACCAGGAUGCGAUACGUUUCUGUAGGCUUCUUGACAUACGCUACCUUUGGAUCGAUGCGCUUUGUAUUAUUCAGGAUAGCGCAGAAGAUUGGACCGGCGAAUCUCUGAAGAUGGCCUCAUACUACGGGAACUGUACUACGAGAAUGGAAUACCAACUCCCAGGCACAACUGGUCCUGCCGGUUGCAUCCUAGCUACGGAAAAGCCCCUUGAAGUACCCCACUUCUGGUUAGCGAAGAAGUUUCCCUUCGGCGAGUAUUAUCCGCUACUGACACGAGCUUGGGUAUACCAAGAGCGGCGGCUAUCACCGCGGAUAUUACACUUUUGUGGGAAUGAGCUCGUCUUCGAGUGCAAGCAUCAUACGGCUUGCGAAUGCGAAGAUAUAUCAGCAGAUAGCACUAGAGAUUAUGAUUCCUGGACAAAAGCCCACGAGGCCUAUUUGGCUACGCACCGCGAUGCGACCAAGGUGGAUAUUAGAACGAGGGCAGAACAUGAAUGUCAUACUUUGAUACGCGCCUACAGUCAGCUAAACCUAACCUUCGUCGGCGAUAGGCUCCCUGCCAUGAGCGGGUUGGCACAGCACGCUAGACGUAUGCGAGAAACCUAUGGGAUUCCUACCGGGAAGUACUUGGCCGGGCUCUGGGAGGAAACAUUGCUGAAUGAUAUGUCCUGGUGUGUUGGACGGAGCCGGGCGCGCAUCGUCAGGGGCGAAGACGGCGGUCGCAAUUGGGUUCAUUGGGCUAACAGCAAGGAGAGAAAAACUGGUGCAAUUGGGACCAAACCGGACGAUUAUGUGGCGCCCUCGUGGUCGUGGGCUAGCGUUCUAAGUCCCGUCGAGUUCGCACCGUUUGCUUAUAAGAAAUUCCUGUGUCAACUCCAUAGCGUCAAAACGGAGACAACUGGGCCAAAUGAAUACGGGAGAGUUGCGAGCGGACACGCUAUUCUGCAAGGGCGACUAUUAGAAACGGCCUGGGACGAGACCGAGGGGAAAAUGCGUCUGAAGGACGCCCUUGGCACUAGGCUUCCGGGACCUGAAGUGUUGUGGACUAAAGUAUUUAACCUUGUAAAAGAUCAUGGGAUGAUCUGGUUUCCCGAUUACGACUUGUUCCCUCUUGCGUCCCGUCCUAUCAUGGGAAGAGAUGAGGAUUCUGAUAUCAGAAUCCGACUCUAUCCAGGAAAGACCAAAGUGGAGACGGUAUAUCUUGUUCUUAGACGAACACAGUCAUCCGCCCCAUUGCCCGUGUUCGAGAGAGUCGGAUGGGCUGAAUAUACUGGGGUGGAUGGGGAUAAGGUGCCUGAUAUGACUAUGGCGAGGGAUACGAAAUUCAAGCUUAUCUGA